UUCACGACCGGCGUCUCAGUUCCGAUUUCCAUGAACAAGAGAGGUAGCGUGGUAUUCUCGUCCGCAUUCCAAUUCAAUUAUAAACUUCCGUCGAACUUGUCAGAACUCGAGCCUACAAUAAUACCGGCCAGGCAGUCGAGGGAUCUGAAUCUGCAGGACACUUAUGCGGCUAUCGAAAAUUUAUUGAAUCGGCACGGCUGGCAGGACGGUAGGGAGUGUCUUUUGAGGACCAUUUGCGAGCUCGCGGAGACACCAUUUGGCAGGACACGUCAAGACGUUCUCGAGGAGGUGAUCCACUUAAUUUUAACGCCGAGCGAAGACGUGGCAGGGACUGCUAAUUCCAAUCACCAGAGCGUCGACCAACUGUACAGGGAAGCGGAACGACAAGGAAGAUCCGGAGGCGACUGCAUCUUGGCCUAUCCCGAUUGCAUCGAGUCACCUCUCGAAACAUUCACGGAGAUCGCAUUUCCUUAG